AUGUCUUUUUCAAUUCUCUCAAGGUUGAAUAGGUGCGUGCCGUCACCAGCUCUCGCUCAAAUCGGCAAACGUUCUUUUUCAAGCAGCAACUUUUCUCAGAUUCUCAGAAGGCCGCCGUCUUCUUCAAUUCGAUUUCGGUGUGUGCGGAACGUAUCGAAUUCGAAUCCCCUGCCAAAAAUGACCGAAGCGGGUAAAAAUGUUGUCCUCAAGCGACACGAUUUGAUAGUCAAAGGAGCACAGGAUGCCAGAGAAUAUCGUGGGCUGGAGCUCACAAACGGACUUCGUGUGCUGUUAGUCUCGGAUCCGACAACAGACAAGUCUGCUGCUGCUCUCGAUGUCAAAGUCGGUCACCUUAUGGACCCGUGGGAGCUUCCUGGACUCGCUCAUUUUUGUGAGCACAUGCUCUUCUUAGGAACUGCUAAAUAUCCAUCUGAAAACGAGUAUUCAAAAUUUCUUUCUGCACAUGCUGGAAGUUCUAAUGCAUACACCGCAACGGACCAUACCAAUUAUCACUUCGAUGUGAAGCCUGAACAACUCUCUGGAGCUCUCGAUCGUUUUGUUCAAUUCUUCUUGUCUCCACAGUUCACGGAAAGCGCCACUGAACGCGAAGUGUGUGCAGUCGAUUCGGAACACUCGAACAACUUGAACAACGACUCUUGGCGCUUUUUGCAAGUCGAUCGUUCUCGCUCGAAGCCAGGACAUGAUUAUGGAAAGUUCGGUACAGGAAACAAGCAGACUUUGUUGGAAGAUGCUCGCAAGAAGGGAAUAGAACCACGUGAAGCUCUUCUGCAAUUUCACAAAAAGUGGUACAGCUCGGAUAUCAUGUCUUGUUGUAUUAUCGGGAAAGAAUCACUCGAUGUUCUGGAAUCAUAUUUGGGAACACUGGAGUUCGAUGCUAUUGAAAACAAGAAAGUGUCGCGUCAAGUGUGGAAAGAGUUCCCAUAUGGACCAGAGCAACUCGGAAAGAAAGUCGAGGUGGUUCCGAUCAAGGACACAAGAAUGCUGUCAGUCAGCUUCCCGUUUCCUGAUCUCAACAACGAGUAUCAAUCGCAACCUGGACAUUAUAUAUCUCACCUUAUUGGACAUGAAGGGCCUGGAUCCUUGCUCUCAGAACUCAAGAGACGUGGAUGGGUUAGCUCAUUGCAAUCCGAUAGUCAUACUCAAGCAGCUGGAUUUGGUGUCUACGCUGUCACCAUGGAUUUGAGUACUGAAGGACUUGAACAUGUCGAUGAGAUUAUUCAAUUGCUUUUCAAUUACAUUGGAAUGCUUCAAGCUGCCGGACCAAAGGCAUGGAUUCAUGAAGAGUUGGCAGAGCUCAGCGCUGUAAAAUUCCGAUUCAAAGAUAAGGAACAACCAAUGAAUAUGGCUAUCAAUGUCGCGUCUAGCCUUCAGUCGAUUCCUUUCGAAGAUAUUUUGUCUUCAAAGUAUCUGUUAACCAAAUUUGAGCCGGAACGAAUUAAAGAGCUGUUAGAUAUGCUGAAACCGGCUAGCAUGUAUGUUAGAGUCGUCUCCCAGAAGUUCAAGGGACAAGAAGGAAAUACCACUGAGCCUGUUUAUGGAACAGAAAUCAAAAUGAUGGAUAUCGACCAGGAAUCCAUGCAGAAGUUCGAAAAUGCUCUGAAAACCAGCCAUCAUGCUCUUCAUCUCCCCGAGAAGAACGAAUACAUUGCUACGAAGUUCGACCUGAAGAAGCGUGAAGCGGUGAAAGAUGCUCAUCCGAGAUUGAUCAGUGACGAUGGUUGGAGUCGAGUCUGGUUCAAGCAGGACGAUGAGUACAACAUGCCGAAACAAGAGACGAAGCUCGCGUUGACAACUCCAAUCGUGGCUCAAAAUCCAAGAAUGUCCCUUCUUUCAAGCCUUUGGCUGUGGUGUCUCAGUGAUACACUCGCCGAAGAAACAUAUAAUGCAGAUUUGGCUGGCCUCAAAUGUCAGCUCGAAUCUAGUCCGUUUGGUGUGCAAAUGCGGGUCUAUGGAUAUGAUGAGAAACAAUCCCUAUUUGCCAAACAUCUGACGAAUCGAAUGACAAAUUUCAAAAUCGACAAGACUCGUUUUGACGUUCUUUUCGAAUCCCUCAAGAGAGCUCUGACAAAUCAUGCAUUCUCCCAGCCCUAUGCUCUCUCACAACACUACAAUCAGCUGAUCGUAUUGGAUAAGGUGUGGAGCAAAGAGCAGUUGUUGGCAGUAUGCGAUAGUGUUACACUGGAAGAUGUUCAAGGAUUUGCCAAGGAAAUGCUCCAAGCUUUCCAUUUGGAGCUCUUCGUUCAUGGAAAUUCGACGGAAAAGGAAGCUAUUGAGCUGUCCAAGGAGUUGACAGAAAUUGUGAAAUCGGUUUCUCCAAAUUCGAGACCGCUUUAUCGGAAUGAGCACAGUCCACGGCGAGAGCUGCAGUUGAACAAUGGUGACGAAUACGUCUACAGACAUCUUCAGAAGACACACGAUGUCGGAUGUGUUGAAGUUACAUAUCAAGUUGGAGUUCAAAACACGUAUGAUAAUGCAGUUGUUGGACUCAUUGAUCAACUGAUUAGAGAGCCAGCUUUCAACACUUUGAGAACCAAUGAAGCUCUUGGUUACAUCGUAUGGACGGGAUCACGUCUCAAUUGCGGAACUGUUUCACUCAAUGUUAUCGUCCAGGGACCAAAGAGUGUCGAUCAUGUUCUGGAACGCAUUGAAGUAUUCUUGGAGUCGGUUCGAAAGGAGAUCGCUGAUAUGCCACAAGAAGAGUUUGACAAUCAAGUGUCUGGAAUGAUUGCUCGUCUUGAAGAGAAGCCGAAGACGCUGUCCAGCAGAUUCCGUCGAUUCUGGAAUGAAAUCGAGUGUCGUCAGUACAAUUUCUCACGCAGAGAGGAAGAAGUCAAAGUACUCAAGUCCAUCAAGAAGGAUGAUGUUCUUGCCCUAUUCGAUAAAAAAAUCAAGAAAGAUGCCGCUGAGCGCCGGAAGCUUGCCAUCUUUGUGCACGGAAAGAAUGAAGACAAGACAGUGGUGGAUGAAGUGAUCAAGAAGAACGCUGAAGCCGGAAAGAAGGAGAAAGAAGUGCUCUACUUGGAUCAACUUCGCCAAUUCUUGCCCCUCUACGGACGACCACAAGCUGCCAUUGACCUCAAACCGAUUGGUCUUGAUCCUCUGGAGCACAAAGAUACCUCUGCACCGAAAUCGAAGUAUUAA